UCUUUCGAAAAAAUAAUAAUCCUUACUAACGAAACACCAGGUAACGAAAGGACAACUUUAAACUUGCAGCUAGUAGUUAAAAAAACAUCACCGAUUAACAAAAAUGAUUUUUAUCUUUAAUAUCAUUUUAGUUUCAUUACGUAUGUUAGUAAUAUCAGCUGACUAUAACUACAAAGAUCCCGAUACAUGGAAAGAACAAUACCCACACUGUGGUGGUUCGGAGCAAUCACCCAUUGAUGUUACAGUUUUAAAUCAGAUUAAGAGAAAAAAUUUCGAAGAUGUGUAUACUAAAAUAUGGUUACAAAAUUAUAAAACCGUACCUGCGAAAAUGACUAUGAAAAAUAACGGCCACUCAUUAAAAAUAAUGUUUGAAUGGGCUGAAGGUGAGACUAAGAUACCUACGAUUUUCGGGGGCCCUCUUGAAUCUGAAUAUAUUUUUCAUUCACUAGAAUUUCAUUGGGGUCCCGAUAUUAAUUCAGGAAGUGAGCAUACAUUUAUGGGCAAGAGUUAUCCAAUUGAGUUACAACUAAUUCACUACGACUUUGAAUUUGAUAAUCUUGAGGCUGCUGAACGCUACGAGAAAGGAGUAACGAUCUAUUCUACAUUUUUUAAAGUAGAAUCUGAUGAAUCGGCAUUUCUAACAAAAAUACUUGAAAAAAUUCCGGAUGUUAUAGAUUCAGGAACAGAAACUGAAAUUGAACCAUUUGCAAUCGAUGAUCUUUUGCAGGAAAAGGAUGCCAAUAGCUUUAUUGUAUAUCAUGGCUCUCAGACAUCACCAUCUUGCUUAGAGUCAGUUAAUUGGUUGAUAAGUGAUCAAGUUUUUUCAGCUACAAGAGAACAAAUAGAAAAAUUUCAGUUCAUUCAUCUAAUUGAUGGCGAUGAUCACAAUAAUCGACCCGUGCAACCAUUAAAUGAUCGCAAACCCAGAAUUUUUGGGAAGUACAAGCCUUCGAAAUAACUAAUGAAUAAAUUUUAUUAUAUGAAUAUU